AGACUCUCCCCGAGGAUGUGUGAGUUCAGCCCAGUCCGAUGGCUCCUGUCCAUACUGCAGCUCUGCCCGAUCGAUCAGGGCCUCUCGUCUCCCCUCAACCUCGGCCCCUUCGCCUCGAGAUCAAGUGUGGAAAAGACCUGCUGCUGUCCUGUCACACCUCUCACCCAUCCUCUCUACCGACUACACUCACUGACUGCUGUAGCACACAUGGCAGAUUAAGAGUCAGACAGCCGGUGUCACUGCUGCGGGCUCCGCGCUUGGCCGACGCUGAAAAGGAUCCUCUCUGAAGGGGCGUCUGUGAUGAGCCACCAUGGCCCAGCUGAACGUGAACCUGAUCGCUAAAUCCAGAAACCACUUCAAAAAGAAACAGGGCCUCCCGGAGUACCUCAGGACGCUUACACACCUUCACUUUUCCAGCAAGAAUAUUGAAGAUAUCGGUGAUAUCUCCACGUGCAGAAACCUCACAGUCCUUUACCUGUACGACAACCAGAUCACAGACAUUUGCAACCUGGGCUUUGCCUCCAACCUCACCCACCUGUACAUGCAGAACAACAGCAUCGCUCACAUAGACAACCUCUCCAAUCUGCGGAUGCUUUCCAAACUGUAUCUCAGUGGAAACAGGAUUGCGGUGGUGGAGGGCUUAGAGCGGCUGACUGAGCUCAAGGAGCUUCAUCUGGAGAACCAGAAGCUGGCACCAGGGGAGAAGUUGCUCUUUGACCCCAGGACUCUCCUCUCACUUGCUGGAUCUCUCUGUGUCCUGAACAUCAAUAACAACAAAAUGGAUGAUGUCAGGGACCUGGCGGUGCUGAAGAAACUCCACAGUUUCACUGCAGCUGACAAUAAAUUGCGCAACACGGAGGAGUUGGAGGAUGUGAUUGGAGUCUGGCCUCAGCUGCUUCAGCUGGACCUGAGAGGAAACCCUGUGUGUAAAACACCAAAGUACAGAGACCGCCUGAUCACCGCAUGCACCAGCCUCGAAGUUUUUGAUGGAAGGGAAAUUAAAGAGAUGACCAGACAGUUCCUCGUCAACUGGAAAGCAUCCAAAGACGGCAAGAAGAAAAAGAACAACACACACAUGCUGGCUGGACUGUCAACAGAUGACUUGAACACAGGUCUGAGUCCACAUCCUGGUCACGUCUACAGCCACGCCAGCAUGCAGAGGUGGAGGCCAUAGCAGUCUCUCAGGCCCCGUGUCGUGGAUCAAACAGAGCUCAGUAAACGGCUGACGUGAAAUAUUCCUGAGUGGGCUUCGGAGUAAUGUGGCUGAUGAACUCUCCACCCCCACAGCUCAGGACUAACAGUGCUGCAACUUUAUUGAGACUCUGUGGUCAUAACAGCUGCAUAUCUUUUCUACUAUAUAUUUUAUGUUUACUAUAUAUUUUGCAAGUUAGUGACAUCCACUUGGUGUGAGGUCCAUUGCUCUGUAGAGGCACUGCAGUAUCCUCGACCUUUAGUGGAUUAUGUGCUUUAUCUGUUUUCAAAAUAAAUUACAUUUCUACGGUCACAACAAGUGCAAAUGUUAAGAUGUUAUCAUUGUUACAAAUGUAGGUCAAUACGGAUGAUAUCGCUUACACUUAGGCAGAAAACAAUAAACAAUGAAUUAAUAUU